UUCAUUCUUGUGCCGUUUCUCGGAAAAGCUUUUCAGUAAAUGCACUCAUGCUGCUCCAGAAGCUCUUCUCUGCAACAAGCCGCCCAUCUGCCAUCAACAAGUUAAGACCGAGAGAGCUAACAGCUGCGGUAAGGAAAGCCUGAAGCGCCGAUGAUCAGCAGUAAUCAGAGGAGGAGGAAAUUAUUAACUUAUAAUCAAAGCGGAUUUAGGGGAUCAGAGCACCACAGAAAAUGAAACCGAUUCUAUCCAGAGGAAUAUCCUAAGGAAAAACCCAUUCACCCUGGCAGAUCUGAAUUUCACUUGGAAAGCCUGGGACACAGAAAACAGGAAACCGGUCAAAGGCUCCUGCAUGUUAGAGCCUUGAGUCUGACAACCUCGACUGAAUGCAGCCUCCAAUGUGCUCAGAAGAAUGGGCUUACAUUUCAAGUGGCCAUUAGGGGCCCCUAUGCUGGCAGCAAUAUAUGCAAUGAGUGUGGUUUUGAAAAUGCUGCCUGCCCUGGGUAUGGCGUGUCCACCCAAAUGCCGCUGUGAGAAGCUGCUAUUCUACUGCGACUCUCAGGGCUUCCACUCAGUGCCAAACGCCACAGACAAGGGUUCUCUGGGGCUGUCCCUGAGGCACAAUCACAUCACAGCGCUUGAAAGAGAUCAAUUUGCCAGCUUCAGUCAACUCACCUGGCUCCACUUAGAUCACAAUCAAAUUUCAACAGUAAAAGAAGAUGCUUUCCAAGGACUAUAUAAACUUAAGGAGUUAAUCUUAAGUUCCAACAAAAUAUUUUACUUGCCAAACACAACUUUUACCCAACUGAUUAACCUGCAAAAUUUGGACCUGUCUUUUAAUCAGCUGUCAUCUCUGCAUCCUGAGCUCUUCUAUGGCCUUCGGAAGCUGCAGACCUUGCAUUUGCGUUCCAACUCCCUGCGGACUAUCCCAGUACGCCUGUUCUGGGACUGUCGUAGUCUAGAGUUUCUGGAUUUGAGCACAAACCGUUUGCGAAGUUUGGCUCGCAAUGGAUUUGCAGGAUUAAUCAAACUGAGAGAGCUUCACCUAGAGCACAACCAGCUGACAAAGAUUAAUUUUGCUCAUUUCCUCCGGCUAAGCAGUUUGCACACACUCUUCUUACAAUGGAACAAAAUCAGCAACUUGACGUGUGGGAUGGAGUGGACCUGGAGCACUUUAGAAAAGCUAGACCUAACUGGAAAUGAAAUCAAAGCCAUCGACUUAACAGUGUUUGAAACCAUGCCUAAUCUUAAAAUACUCCUCAUGGAUAACAACAAGUUAAACAGUCUUGAUUCCAAAAUCUUAAACUCCCUGAGAUCCCUCACAACCGUUGGCCUCUCAGGCAAUCUGUGGGAAUGCAGCCCCCGAGUAUGUGCUCUGGCCUCCUGGCUGGGCAGUUUCCAAGGUCGGUGGGAGCAUUCCAUCCUAUGCCAUAGCCCUGACCACACCCAAGGAGAGGAUAUUCUAGAUGCAGUCCACGGGUUUCAGCUCUGCUGGAAUUUAUCAACCACUGUCACGGCCAUGGCUACAACUUAUAGAGAUCCAACCACUGAAUAUACAAAAAGAAUAAGCUCAUCAAGUUACCAUGUAGGAGACAAAGAAAUUCCAACUACUGCAGGCAUAGCUGUUACUACAGAGGAACACUUUCCUGAACCAGACAAUGCCAUCUUUACUCAGCGAGUAAUUACGGGAACAAUGGCUUUAUUGUUUUCUUUCUUUUUUAUUAUUUUUAUAGUGUUCAUUUCCAGGAAGUGCUGCCCUCCCACUUUAAGAAGAAUUAGGCAGUGCUCAAUGAUUCAGAACCACAGGCAGCUCCGAUCCCAAACACGACUCCAUAUGUCAAAUAUGUCAGACCAAGGACCGUAUAAUGAGUAUGAACCCACCCAUGAAGGACCUUUCAUCAUCAUUAAUGGUUAUGGACAGUGCAAGUGUCAGCAGCUGCCAUACAAAGAAUGUGAAGUAUAAUAUCUACUCAUCAUCAAAAAUCACAUCAGAUAAGUAACCUAUUUUACAUAGUAGGGGCUAAAUACAUAUCUAAUUUUUAUCACUGGUGACAUUAAGCCUAAUUUUCCAAACCAAGUGGAGACUUGAGUUUUUGAAGUGUUGAAGUAUUUUUAAUUUUUUUAAUGAAAACAUAUUUUAAGUGUUAAAUGAAGCAAUGCUCAUAUUAAUUUGCACUCUUGUUGGGAAGUCUAAAUGCUUACUUCAAUAUAAAACAUUUCAUGUAUGUAUUAUAUACUAUUGUAUGUAAACAUUUACACUAAGGUCUCCAUGUUAUUUUUUUUUCUACUGAAAACAGUUCCGAAAGAAAAUACUAAACAAAAAUAGAUAGGGAUGAAAACCUGUUUGAUUAUUAUUCUCCACCCCAUGGACCACAACUGGCUUCCUGCUUAAAAGGAGACAGCAAAGUUCUCUUGUAAGAUAAUGUGGUAUUUACUCCAACUAUAAUUUACUGCCAGGAUGAGAGGUGGACUUACAUGUGUGCUUGAGACUGGUAAAUAUUAAACAUCCUUCUUUCAGAGUUUGGCCUGGUUUAAUAGACAUUAUCUAAGUUACAUCAUGAAACCAGCACCUUUUAUAUAACUCUAAUAAGACCGGGUGACUCUCUAAUUUUCAACAAUAAAACCCAAGCAAUUAUUUAAAAAAAAAAAGUCUCAUUAUAAUAAAUCAAUACUAAAUAAUUACACUGACUUCUUAUACAACUCUAGUUUGACUUUUAAUGGACAUGCUGAUUUUUGUGGCAUUUAGACUAUUAUUUUAAACUACUAUUAAAUUACCAUUUUACUAAUUAACUUACUAAAUCCUAUACUUAUGUGAAAACUUGCAUUUGGGAAAGAGAAAAACUGAGUCAACUUAACAAUCCUGAUAUACUCCAUCCAGUUUGAAAAUAUAUCCCCUCCCAUGAUUAAAGAUGCCUUGACAAACUGUCUAAGCUUCUUCCUUCUGCCUUUUUCUGAUCUUUAAACCUCAAAGACCCAAAUUAAAAAUAACUGAGUACUAAAGAUGCCUAACACUGAUUCUUGUUAUAAAGAAACAAUGAAAAAUUACUUUCAAAAUAUGAUGUUAAAGCUUGCCCUUUCAUAAAUAUGCACAUUUCUACUGCUAGCUCCCUCUGAGACAGAACCAACCUAUUUCUGAGGCAAAUCUUAAGGCAGAACUCUUGCCAUAGGCCCUGUAGCCACACACCAGAAAGUGAAGGGAGUGUGAAAGCGAGGGGUAAGAGCAAAGACAGGUUCUGGAAGUCUGACUCUCAGCUCAGUGCAAGUGAAGCAGCAGCAAAUGUGAUUAUGCACAAUUUGCACCACAUAAGCGAUGCUCAGGGACCCGUACGAUACAGGAGGAGGCUCUAAUAUGUUCGGAAUAAAUAUGAACACUCCAAUCCUAUCAGCAAAUGACAGCGAUGCCACAGUUUUCAUGAGGAAAACCCAAGUGUUCAACUGUGACUUCUUUAAGGCAAACAAUGGCAUAUUGAAGGUUCCACGUAUAGGAGAAAAUCAAAAUUAAAUCAUUAACUUGAGUUCAGAAAAAAAAACAAGCAUUCUUAUGUGGAAAAAAAAUGCAUGAAACCUUAAAGAAAGUCACUAACAUAAAAAAGAGGCAUCCUUUCCUUAACAAGUAUGUUUAUCACGAUAUCCUUCCCUUAAAGCUUAUUUUCUCCCCAAGAUUGAAUUGAAAUGUUAGUACAGACCUAGAUUCAAUCACAAUUUUCCUCCUUUAGCACUGAAAAAGACACCCACAUUUCAAAUCUCUUAGCAAAAAGCAGACAAUAUUCAGAUUACAGUGAAAAUACAUGUUCUUUCUAUUUUUUAAGGUGGAAAGAUUAGUUUGGCAAAGCCUUAGAGCAGUUCAAUUCCAUUGCUCUUGAGUGGCAAGCAUUUCAUCUCCUGAUAACACAGACGCUGGGCUUGUCUGAGCCAAGACAGAUGCUGGUUUUCCGGCACAGAGCACAGCACGCUGCUUCCCCACCAAGGUGGGCUAAAAUUUACCAACUCAUGCAUCAUGGUGACCACUGCCAUUUGUCAGGUGACAGACAGCUUGUUCACAGUACAGCUUUGAGCAUACAAGAUUCCAAUGGCCCUAAAGGAUGAGUGUUUUUCAUCCUUUCAAAUCACAACCAAAAUGAAUUCAAACUGUGAGUUAAAAUGUAAGCAAUGUUAACUAGGAACUCCAAUUAAUCUUAAAGGACAUAGUUAAUAAAGUAUAUGUAGCAGAGCAAGCCAUUUAACACCUGAAGAGCAGUGCCAAGGCUACUGAGGCAUGGGGGGAGGGGGAACGCACAUUUAUUUAUUUGUUUAUUUUUUCCCUCCCAUGUUUUUGGUAAUGGUAAUAGUUUGGUAAUAGUUAAAGCACAAAUUGCCAUUUCUAAUUGCCUCCAGAAAGCAGGGGUCCAUUUAGUUGAGAUAUAUAUAUAUCUGUAUUACAGUAUCUGUGCUACCAACUGGCCAGAGGAGAACUGCCUCACAACAAAACUGUAUGUAGUUCCUAGUCACAAAUGUGAGGGCUUUGGGGUGGAGUUUUAUUCUCUUAAGCAUUACCACCCAACUUCCCCUCUCCCCAAUUUUAAAGGUUAGUGGAAAAUGACCAUCAAAAAUCAGAAAAAUAACAUCUCAGAAAAAACGAAGCAUCUCCCUAGGAACUAAGAAUUAGUCUGCAACUUCUGUUACUCAUUUCUAUAGCCUACAGGGAAUUCAAGUUUACCUUUCUGAAAAAGGAGCAGGCUGGUAAGUCUGAAAAUCCACACAAAACUCACAAUACUUACUGCCAGCAUCAAAAAGCAGGAGCUAAUUUUUAAGCCAAAAAAAUUGCAUUACCACAUGUAAUUUCUUAAUAAGUCUAAGUUAAUUUCUGUACCAAUUCAAUGAAUGGAACUGACUGCACUUCCUAAUUCCACUCACUAAUUAUUAAAAUCCAUCUCUUAUUAUAACGCUAGUCACUAAAAGCUAGACCCCAUCUUUUUAAUAAGGGCAAGCUCUAUGCAGUACUAGUCUGGGUUCUGAAAUAGGAAAGUCUUAUUUUCUUAAGUCAUACUUCCCACACGUAGCUCUAAGGAGGUGGGGCUAUAAAUCAAUCUCUCUCUCUCUCUCUCUCUCUCUCUCUCUCUCCCUCCUAUAGAUAAUUUUAAAGAAUCUUUUAACAGCUAACUUACAUGAUAAUUUUCCUAAUACAGCAAUCUGAUGGCAGCACUAUCUCAAGUCUGUUUGGGACACAUUCUUCCUAUCUUCUCAGUUAAAGCGCUUGAACCAGAAAAGGUGUUUGUUGGUUUUUAAGACAACAUGGGUCAUCUAUAGAUAAUCAGUAUAUCUUUAGCUAACCUGGGCAAAUUCACAGCGCUUGAAUAAGGUCAAAAUCAGAAAACGACCACAGAAGCUUUCUCAUUCUACUAUUGCAGACAUCUGGAAACGUCUCCAACUCCUUCAACUAACCUUUUCUUCCCUGAGUUUUUAAAAUCAGUAUGAUACAUGGAAUGUUUGGUGAAUCUAUGAACAUGGGACUAGAAACUCAAAGUACAGUCCAAACACAUUUGUUCAAUUAUCUUUUAGAGCCAUGGGGGAUGGGGGGGGGGGAGACACUAUUAUACAAGGAAUUGGGGUGAGGAAACCAUAAUACAGUGUACAGGAAAGUUUUGUUAUUAAAAUUGUGUAUACUGUAAAAAACAAAUGUCUCCUUUGUUUAUAAUUUCCCCUGAAAUCUGCAAGUGCUGACAGGGAAAACCUGAAUAGGCAGCAUUUGAGACAGAAAUAAAAUGAACAACUGUUCUGUA